AUGCCAUCCCCUAGUCACGCCCGCGAAGGCGCAAUCCCGGGGACAGUCGACCUCACUGCUGCAGAAGGAGAAGCCACCAGUUCAAGCUACGGCCAGGCGCUGUACCCUGUGCCCACUGAUGAUCCUAAUGAUCCUCUUCUCUGGCCAGCAUGGAAAAAGCAUGCCAUCCUUGUGAUUGUCUCGGUGUAUUCCUUCCUGGGGAAUUGCUCGCUCGUGGGGCCCUCGGUGUACAUCAGCAUCUAUGCGGAGGAGUUUGGGAUUUCGCACGCCGAUGCGUCGGGCUUGAUUUCGUAUCCCAAUCUGGCGUUUGGGUUUGGCUCGUUGAUUCUGGUCCCGAUGUAUCUGAAAUUCGGCCGAAGGAUUGUGACGCUCUUGUCUAUGGCGACGUUCCUCGCCGGCCUCGUUGGCGCCUCCAGAGCAACAAGCUUCUCUGGACUCAUGACCGCGCGCGUCUUCCAUGGCUUUGGCAGUGGGGUGUGUGAGUCUCUGCCCGUGCAGCUUGUCAAUGAUAUCUUCUAUCUGCAUGAGCGGGGGAAGCGGAUUGGGUAUUAUACUGUCUGCCUCUGUCUUGGCUCUACUGGCCCUUUGUAUGCAGGAUACAUGCUGGCUGGGGGAUACUCAUGGCGUCUGUUCUUCUAUGUCGUCGCGGCCUUUGCGGGUGCGCUGCUCGUGGCUUCUUUCUUCUUAGUUGAGGAGUCGAGGUUUCAUCGUCCAGAGAUAUCUGGUUCUGAGCCGUGGGAGAGUCAAGAAAAGCGAGACGGAGCAACGCAGGUCGAGGCGGUUCCAGCCAGAAAGACAUUUCUCCAGACGCUGAAGCCGUGGGCUCCCAUCGACCACGAUGCCCAGUUCUUUGCAACAAUCGUCCGCUCCUUCGCGUACUUCCUCGUCCCCGCCGUGCUCUGGGUCAUCACCAGCUUCGGCAUCUACAUCGGCCUCGGCGCCCUCACCUUCAACUACACCUUCCCCCUCCUCAUCACCGAACCCCCCUACUCCUGGCCCCAGACCUCCUCCGGCCUCAUCGCCCUGGCCACAAUCCUAGGCUUCGCCCUCGCCCUCCCCUUCACACCAACAUCCGACCUCAUCGCCGCAAAGCUCACCCGCCGCAACGCCAACAUCCGCGAAGCCGAGAUGCGUCUCCCCGCUCUCCUCCCGGGUGUGUUUCUCGCCCCCGCCGGUCUAAUCGUCUACGGACUCACCGCCGAGAAAUCACUACACUGGACGGGGUUCUUCGCGGGCGUUGCAAUGGUACAGUUCGGGGCAUACUUCUUCUUCACAUUCACGCUGGCGUACGCGGUGGAUAGCUACUUUGCAGACGUCAGCGAGAUGCUGAUUGCCAUGAACCUGGGCAAGCAGGCGAUUUCGUUUGGGAUGGGCAGUUAUCUGCUGGAUUGGAUUGUGGGGCGCGGGUAUGCGGUUGUCAUUGCUGGGGUGUUUUGUGCGGUUGCGGUGGUGAAUAAUGCGAUGAUUGUGCUGUUUUGGUGUGCUGGGAAGGGGAUCCGGAGGGGGACGAGUCGCGGGUGGCUGGGGGGGUUGUCCAGGGGGAAGAGUGGUGUUGUUUAA